CUUGCGUUCUUUUUGUAAUUGUUUUAAAAAUACGUGUCUAGUUGGGUUUAAUCGAAUUUAAUAUUGUGACGCUAAAAUAAAUUUGCAAUUUACUGUGCUAGUGCGCAGGUGAAUAUUUUUGUUAUACACAAUUAUCUGUCCGUAGAAAAUGGAUGGGGAAACAGGAAUGGAUGACUUUGAUCCAGAGGAAAAUCUGAUAUUCAAUAUAGACGCGUUCAUGCAGAAGCCUUUAGUCGCCCACCAGAUGUUUGUAAUUGAGAUUCCAAGCUUAAUUGCUGUAGACACAAGAUUCAUAACACCACAGAUGGCAAUGCAAAAGGAAAUUUUAAUGUCAAACUCUCUAAUUCUUUCUCCGGGAAUCUUAGACUCUGAAGUCGAUACGAAAAUGAGCCCAGAGAAAGGCUUAAGUGAAACGAGGUGCGUAGGCAUAAUGGUAGAACCGGCCACGGAUCACGUUUCGGUUCAAACUGAUACUCCCAACCCACUGCGCGACCGUGGUCAACAGACAGCAACGAUGCUUAAUCAAAUUGACGUAGGCAUCCAAUGUAGUUCGGAAAAUGAUGGAAAUAUUGAUGCAGUGCAAUCAGAUAUUAUUCCAUUGGAAGAAUGCAAUGAAAACGAGUAUCAUGUAUUUUUAGAGUUUGUGCAAAAAAAUACCAAUUCAUAUAGUAAUAGCAAAAAAGAAUGUCUGGUAUGUGGUGAAAUUUUGACCAAUUCAAAGCAAAUACUCUCGCAUAUGGUGACACAUUGGGGUCCACCAGCGCUCUGUGAAAUAUGUGGAAAACAAUUGGAGCAUACGAGCCUAUUAUUACUGCAUAAAUGCAAAAUUAAGUCAAAACAAAAAUUUAACAAACGAAUUGUACAUCAACAAUGUCCGAUAUAUUCAUGUGGAUUAAUGACAGCGUCCAAACGGCAGUUAAACGACCAUAUAAGUGAUCAUGUCGACUUAACUUCAAACCGCGGUUUGCCCUGCAAACGAAGUUUUCAUAGGAGGUAUGAGAUGCGAAGGCAUUUCUCAGAACAAAAAGAAUGCUCACUUAAAACAAGACAUUUUGAAAAAUGCGGAAAAAAGCAUGUGCUAGUAAGCCAAAAUGUAGCAGCGGGUCAAAGACGCUUGUGUUGGUAUUUCAGAGAUUUGCUACGUUGUCAAAUUUGUUUGACAAAGUGUUUAAGUCCAUCUUUAUUUGCUGAACAUAGAAAAAAAUGCGUAAAAUGUUUCAGGAGCAGACUGAAAAAUAUAAGAUCUAAAGAUCCAUUGGCCACCAAUGGCUUUAAGGGAAAUUAAUACAAAAAGAGAUUUUAGUAUGCAAAAUAAUAAAACGACCCAAAGGAUAAUUUUAAAACUCAUAUUAAAUAUAUUUAGCUAGAUUUUAUAAACAUUACUUAUUUAAUAAACAUUUUCUUUAUUUAAGACCUU